ACCCUAACUAUCGUCUUCACUCCACAGGCGUUUAUCCUCGACACAAUGUCUCACCUGCUCGAGCACGUUGGCUUCAACGUACUUAGUACAGACACACCAACAGACAUCAUGAACCGCCAAGCCGCCCUGCACUUUGCUUGCUUGCUCGGACACGAGCAAUGUGUGACUGAGUCGAGGAACCAAUUCCUGAGGUUUAAGGACCAUAAUGUAUGGGUGCACGGAGGAAUUCGUCGUAACGUGUACGUGGUUGGUGUGCGAGAGGGAGACGAACAGGACUUUAACUUCAUCCUCUCUCGUUUCCGCUCGUCGAAUCUUGCCCAUGACCAGCUUGAGAUGCUGAGGGCUAUGGGUGCUGCUAAGAAUCCAGCAUUACUAACUAGAUACUUGGAGCUGACGCUGACUAAUGAAGUGAGGUCUCAUGACAAGGCGAAUUCCUUCAACUACGCUCUUCUAGGCAACAAGGAGAACGCGCCCACAGUUCUACAGUUUGUGAAGAACAACAUCGAUGCUAUGAGGGUCGCGUACGUUGAAGAUGCCCCACCAAACCCCGUACACACUUGCCUCUCCAACUUGGCUUCCUAUCUAGAAGAACCUGAGCUAGUUGAGUAUGAAGAAUGGCUACGGUCCACCCAAGUCGGGACUCUCCAAUACAACACCGCCUUAUCCGCCAUCACAUCAGCAAGAAACAACAUGGCGUGGGGAACCGACAACGUCGACAACAUUCUAGGUGCCAUCAGAGACGAUGCUACAAGGGUCGUCACUUCUGUCUUUAUGCUUGGUGCUAUGGCUCUAUUGGCUGUUAUCGCAUAGACUAUUUAUCUAAUAGAUUUUGAAACUAUUGUUAUCAAUGUUAUGAGUAUGAAUAAAGAACUGUUUAAAUAA